AUGCCGGGCGUCCAACCGGUUACAAUCGAGAGCCGGGCUGGAAUCCAAUCCCGGGGUCUCGGUUACGAGCCAUCAUGGAGCAGUAUUCCUUUCGAGGGUUAUGACGGUAUGACGCAGCUGCAGUUCCAAGAGUCGAACGCGCCGUUCCUGAGACACGGUGGUCAGGUUCCAGUGCACAUCCCUCCGGGCUGGCGCCGUGUGGAAGCCAAAGUGCCAGGUAAGCACAUCUACGUGCACCGUGAGACGGGGACAAUCCAGCGUAUGCCAGCAGAUAUCUAUCAUUCCAAGGACCAGGAGUGGAUCUCUACCGACGGCAAGCGAAUGACCGAGGACGUCCUCAACGAUGGGAUGCCAGAUCUGCUUGCACUGGAGCUAGCAUAUGGAGGAGGUGGCAAAGCGAAGAAGGCAAUUGUGAAGCCAAAGGUGGUGCCUGCUGCCUUGCCACCAGAACCAGAGAAAGUAGUGAAGCCUGAGGCAGAUGGCCAAGUGGACCCUGCACAGGCUAUGGGCUCGCUACCAGUGGCGCUGCUUUUUCCUGGGCAGGGCUCGCAAUAUGUUAAGAUGAUGGGAACCGUGAAGGACAUGCCAGCAGUGAAGGAGAUGUUAGACAAGGCUGCCAACAUGCUGGACUUCAACCUGCUGGAGCUGUGUCUUAAAGGGCCUGAAUCUGAAUUGGAGCGCACUAAAGCCUGCCAGCCGGCGAUGUUUGUUGCGGGCCUCGCUGCAAUGGAGAAGCUGCGUGCCGAAAAGCCCGAGAAGGCAGCAGAGUUUGGGCCACAGGUCGAACGCUGCCAAGCUGUCGCUGGCCUGUCCCUGGGAGAGUAUACGGCACUGGCCGUGGCCGGAGUCUUUGACUUUGAAACGGGAUUGAAGGUCGUGAAGUUGAGGGGCGAGGCCAUGCAGGAGGCAGCAGAAGCUUCUCAGCAAGCGAUGUUAUCGGUUGCCGGCCUCGACAAGGACACGCUGAGCAAGCUCUGUGAAGAGAGCUGCGAGGGACCGCAAGAUGUUUGUCAGGUCGCAAACUUCCUUUUCCCAAACGGCUUCUCCUGCGCUGGCACAUUGGCGGCAAUACAGCGCCUGGAGCCAAAGGCGAAAGAAACUGAAGGCUGUUUGCAAGCAAAGAUGCUGAAGACUUCUGGUGGGUUUCACACGAGGUUGAUGCAGCCUGCGCGGGAGAAGCUGCUAGAAGCGCUGCAGGAGGCAUUGCCAAAGAUGAAGCCGCCAAGAUGUGAUGUGUACAUGAAUCUGACCGGCAAGAAAAUUGCAGCUGGAACUGCGCCUUCAGAAAUUGUGCCGCUUCUUGCGGACCAGCUUGUGAACUGCGUUCUUUGGGAGCCUGCUGUCUUGGGCAUGAUUAAGGAUGGCGUAUCCGAAUUCUACGAGUGCGGGCCCAUGAAGCAGCUCAAGUCAAUGCGUGCUUAUGGCGAUCGCAGAUCCUUCUUUGUGAACCAGGCCAUCAAUUUGUUGUAUGUCGUUUAUGGCGGCGCGAUCUUGUAUCCUAGGAUGGUUUUCACCAACGUCGUAACAAAAGAGAUGACAAGCUUCCCGAAAAGGCCGUUCUUCAUAAUGGGUGCGCCUCCCUUUGGCUUCCUCUUUUGUCUGUGUGCUUCCUCUAAGCCUUUUGGAGACCAGGUACGCUUGAUAGCCUUGGCACAUUUCUCACUUGUUUAG